UAGACGGAGAGGGAGAGAGAGACAGGGAACGGGAGAGAGAGUGAGCGAGAGAGGCAGAGAGUGACAGAAAGGAAGAUAGAGAGACAGGGAGUGGGAGAGAGGAGUAGAGUGAGACGGACGAAUUCUCCUGUCAGUCUGCCUGCGGAUACAUCAGUUUGCAAAGAGGUGGACCCAUCUGUAAGACCACCAGCUCGACACAGCCGAUUAUAGAUGGACACCUGUUGUCAACCAUUGCCUCUCAGACAGGAGCUGAGUUGGAGACGUGACUGGGAGAACCCACUGUCAUCGGCCAAGCAUUUAUCACAGUGAAGUUACCCGUCCUGUCAACCUGGGGAGAAAUCGAGAGCUGUGUGGACAACUGUCAUCCAGCAGUACGGACCAUGAAGCCUCUCAGGGCUGAAGUGCUGUCCCUGGGCCUCCAUCUCUGGCUCCUGGCGAUGAGCGUGGCUGAGAAGGUCUAUCACAGCCGCGACCACUCUGAUAUCCAGGAGAGGGUAUGGACACGGGCUCAUCCAGUCCUGACCACCAAAUCAGCCCAGGAAUACCUCGACAAAUAUGGGUGGACAGAGCCGGUGAACUGGGAGGAUUUAGCCUACCAAGGUGUCUCAGUCCCAUUGGAUGAUGACCGCUCUCCAUUGGACAUCUCGGGGCUCCUAUUGGAAGGACAUUAUAGCCGAAGGCAUGUGAAAGGGCAGGAGGAGUCCCAGCAGAUGCUGACUAAGUACACCAGCGCUCUCCUGAGGUUUCAGAAAGCCAAUGGGAUACCUGUCACCGGCAUCCUGGACGACGCUACCAAAGAGGCCAUGAACAUGCCUCGAUGCGGAGUCCCAGAUCACAAGGCCCAUGGUAAUGGCUCAGACAGUCUGAAUGGCACCAUGGGGCUCAGCAUUGCCCUGGGAUACACUGUGCCGACUGAUCAUUUCAGGCCGGGCAGUAACAUCACAGCAAUUACCAGUGUGAACCGACCCAGCCAACUGGAGACUGCCCCCAUCGGAGCUCAACAUCGCCACUUGGGGACCUCCCACCUUGGCAUCGAGCCCGAGGGUCUGCAGCCCACCCACCACAACGCCCAGCCCAAUGCCACAGGAAUCCCCAGCCAAUCACCCAACCAAACGACAGACUCCAGCCAAGCCCAACCCAAUACCACAGAGAUCUCCGGCCAAGCCCAGCCCAAGCAAGUGGCCACCUUCAACCAAAGUCAACCCAAUGGUGCGAGGAGCUCCAACCAGAGUCAGUCCAGCAGCACAGAGGGCUCAUGGGAUGGUGCCAUGCCCGGCCUUGGCCACACAACACGUUUCAUACGGUGGCUGGUGGACAACCUGAGGAGGAAGCGAGACUCCUCAGACUCACUAGAAAACAACUCCCUAAUGGUGGCCUUCACAAAGACCAAACUGAAGUGGCGCAUUCUGGAUGAAGGCUACAGCUCCCAGCUGACAAUAGACGACCAGAAGAUGAUCCUGAAAUUAGCCUUUCGGAUGUGGAGUGAGGUCACACCCCUGAUAUUUGAAGAGGAUCUGACGUCACCUGCCUCAGAGAUAGACAUCAAACUAGGAUUUGGAACAAAGAGGCACCUGGGCUGCUCCCAGGUCUUCGAUGGGACAGGGCAGGAGUACGCACACGCCUGGCGUCUGGGAGAUGUGCACUUUGACGACGAUGAGCAUUUUGUCACACCUUCAAGCAGUGAAGGGAUCAGCUUACUGACGGUGGCUGUCCAUGAAAUUGGUCAUGUUCUGGGACUAUCCCACAUCCGACGCCCUGGCUCCAUAAUGCACCCAAACUACAUCCCGCAGGAUUCAAAAGAUCUGGAGCUGGACUGGCAUGAUCGGAAAGCCAUUCAACAGAUAUACGGAGUUUGUGAAGGCAGCUUUAACACAGUGUUUGACUGGGUGCGGAGAGAGGAGAACGAGUUUGGCGAAGCAACUUAUCGGUUCAACACUUACUUCUUACGACACAGUUGGUACUGGAUGUACGAAAACCGCUUCAACAGGACUCGGUACGGAGAUCCCAUCCCAUUGGUGGUUGGCUGGCGAGGUCUUCCUUCCUCCAACAUUGACGGCUUUGUUCACAUCUGGACAUGGAAUAAGGAUGUAACUCUCUUCUUUAAAGGGACCACGUACUGGCAGUACGACAAUGACAAUGACAGAGUUUAUACUGAGGACCCACAGGGUAAUCGUUACCCUCGCCCCAUCUCACACGGUUUUCCAGGGAUUGAUGGCCCGAUUGACACCAUCUACUUUGAAAAAAGGGAUCACUGCUUGUACUUCUUCAAAGGCUUCAAUAGACACUGGGAGAUAAUGGGAGAUGAGUGUCAUCUUAUCAAGAAAUCCUGUGAGCAAUGUCCAGACAGAUUUGUGAAUUCGCUUCCCACUUGGAAUAUACAGAGAAGGAGCUAAAAGUGAGCUGAGAAGCAGCCCUGGUGUCUGUAUGUUGGUGGGUGUUCUGAGAGAGCAAAUGCUGGAUGUUUGACUCAGAAGUAACAGCCACACACACUAUCUCUGCAAAUCUCCAUUUUGCAGCUAUCCCUAUCCCACUCUCUCUCUCUCUACCGAAUUCAAUUCUGCUGGAACCUUGACUCUGACUAUCAUCUACCGGAGUCAAUUCUACUGGAACCUGGAAUCUGACUAUUCGUCUACCGGAGUCAACUCUACCGGAACCUUGAAUCUGACUAUUCGUCUACCGGAGUCAACUCUACUGGAACCUUGAAUCUGACUAUCAUCUACCGGAGUCAAUUCUACUGGAACCUGGAAUCUGACUAUUCAUCUACCGGAGUCAACUCUACCGGAACCUCGAAUCUGACUAUUCGUCUACCGGAGUCAACUCUACCGGAACCUUGAAUCUGUCUAUUCAUCUACCGGAGUCAACUCUACUGGAACCUCGAAUCUGACUAUUCGUCUACCGGAGUCAACUCUACUGGAACCUUGAAUCUGACUAUUCGUCUACCGGAGUCAAGUCUACUGGAACCUCGAAUCUGACUAUUCGUCUACCGGAGUCAACUCUACCGGAACCAUGAAUCUGACUAUUUGUCUACUGAAGUCAAUUCUACUGGAAUCUCAAAUUACAACAGCUGCAACACUCAGUCACCUACUCCCCAGGAGCCAAGGACUGUUCUGUAUAUAUUCACUUACUUCAAACUAAAUUCUUACUUUUGACCUGAAUGACACUACAUGCAUGUGUUUUAUCCGUUCCUGCCUU